CUCACAGCCUCUAGCUGGUUUUUACUCAACUCCUGUCCUGAUAUCACUCCGCUGGCAUGGUGGAGAAGCGGACCUGAUUAUUGUGAUGGUGGCAGGCGGCAGCCAGUGACUACAGACUUCCGCCACUGCUUCCCAUAUCCGCGUUUUGCACCGUCUGGGCUACUAUCGUUGCCUCACAACCGGGCUACCUAGGGCGCUUGUGCUCUUUCCCCUAACUCAACAACAUCUUCACCGGGGUUUCUUUCAAACCAAAACCAUAUGAGAUGCAAGUUAACUGGGAAACUCCGGAGCCCGUUCGGUUCAGACAGCAAAACUUUUUCUCAAAGGACAACACCGUAAAACGGCGAGUGGACUGUUGCUGCUGCCGCCGCUCCUCCGCGGGACGGUUUGUGUGUAUAUGGCCGUAGAGUGCCUGCUAACGUUUAUACCUUCACGGUAUUGUUGGGUUUUCCAGCGCAGUUGUUAGCAGCGUGGUAGCGGCUUUAUUGUUGAAUUCAGUUCGGGGGUUCCUCUGCUCUCACGCAAGCUGGGUGUUAUCUGUGUUUUGUGGAGCAGUUUGUUUGGAAAGACGGUCACUCGCGAGCCCUUCACCAUAUGACUGCUAGGCUCGAAGACCUUUAAACCUCCCCGAUUGUUGCUCGCGUCGGCGGCUGUUGUAGGUCCGCUGUCCGGCUGCUUUGGACCCUUCAUCGGGUAGGACAGAGAGGGAGAGGACACUAGGUGGUGGAGGUGGAGGAGGAGGUGGCCGGAGGAGGAGGAGAAGGUGGCGGUGGUAGCCGUGAGCUUGACGGGGACAAAAGUUCUUCCAAAAUAGCAGCCACUCGGCCUAGUGAUGGGGGACUUCGCCUCCCCCGCUGCCGGACCCAACGGCAGUAUCUGCAUCAACAACAGCAUGAACCCGGCCGCCGGGAGCGUGGUGCCCGCCGGGGCGGUGGGCAUACCUAAACACAGCACGGUGGUGGAGAGGCUGAGGCAGCGAAUAGAGGGCUGCCGGAGACACCACGUAAACUGUGAGAACAGGUACCAGCAAGCGCACGCCGAGCAGCUGGAGAUAGAGCGGAGAGAGACGGUCAGCCUGUACCAGCGGAGUCUGGAGCAGAGGGCCAAGAAGUCGACCGGCGGCGGCGGCAGCAGCAAGCAGCCGCAGAGCAAGCAGCAGGACCCGGACUCUGCCUCAUCCACGGAACAGAGGAAUAACACGCUCAUAGCGCUCCAGGAGACUGUAAAGAGAAAACUGGACAGCGCACGAUCGCCUCUCAAUGGAGAACAGAAUGGCAUCUGUGAUGGAGGCAGCUACUCACCAACUACCAAACGGGUACGGAAGGAGGGCUCUGGUGGUUUGGAUUCACUAACAGGUCUCCCUAACAACAACAAUAACAACAAUGUACCACCCAUCUCUCCACUACAUCACCAAAUGGACAUUAAACCCUUACUUGGGGGGCCCAACACUUCCACCGGAAACAACACUACAAACAGCAAUGGCAACCAUGUAGGCCAGGCAUCAGAUGAGCUAGGGAAGAACGGUGGCAGCCAUCUCCCGGACAUGAAGCUGAAUGGCUCGCUGGACCUGGAGGACAGCUUCGGCCUCCUCAAAGACCUGAAACAGGAGCCACUGGAUGACGGAGGUGGGAUGGAGUCCUCUGAUCCCCAGUCUCUGUCCAAUCAAAAUAAACUGUUCUCUGACAUCAACCUCAAUGACCAGGAGUGGCAGGAGCUGAUCGAUGAGCUGGCCAACACUGUGCCAGAGGACGAUAUGCACGACCUCUUUAAUGAGGACUUUGAGGACAAGAAAGAAGCAGAGUUUGGCAGACUGGCAAACAAUCAGACACCAGGCCCACAAGAAGCAGCUGGGAACACAACGGCACCCGGAGGAGGGGCGGCACCAGCAGCAGCCCUGCCUCCUCCUCCUCAGCCUCCACAGGGAGGCCCGCAGGUUCCCAUGGGCUCACCACAGGUCCGACCAUCUUCGUCAGGCCCUCAGUUUGCCACCACUGCCAAUGGAACGCCUCCUCAGCAACCUUUGCAGCAGUCUCCAGCCGUUGCCAUGGCAUCAGGUUCCCCAUUGCACAACUGCGUAGCUCGGUCCCCUCAGACUCCCACCCAGGCUCAGACACAAGCAGUCUCUAGGCCUGGGAAUGGAUACAUUAUGAACCCUGGCCCAGGGGUCAGUCAGGCAGGCACAGGACCUGGAGCAGCUGGAGUUGCCCCUGGAGGUCAGCCUGUAGGACCAGUGACGCCAGAACUUUCUCCAGCAGAGCAGCUAAAAGCAAUGGCUCAGCAACGUGCUAAACUGCUGCAGCAGAAGCAGCAGCAGCAGCAGCAACAAGCAGCUAACUGGUCCCCUGCAGGCGCUCCAACCAGUCCCUAUAACUCUGGUCCCUUUAACCAAGACAAACCCAACAGCCCUAUGAUGUACCCACCACAAGCCUUUAACACGCCACAGGGCCCUCUAGUGGCUGGGAUGGCCCCCAACAGUGGGCCCAAAGCCCCCAUGAACAACUACCUCCCUCACAACCACAUGGGCAUGAUGGGCCAGCAACAGCCAAACAGCAUCAACCAGAACACCCUGUCCAAACAACAGCAGCAACAACAGCAGCAAACAGCAGCCAUAUUGUCCUAUAACAACACCAAACCACUGAGUCACUUCAGUGGCAGUGGGGUUGAUCACAUAGGUCAGAGGAUGACUCCUCCCAUGGGAGGGAACAAUCAGGUGAAGAACCCCAUGAUGCCCCCCUACAUGGGUGGUGGGGGAGGCGGUGGCCAGGGCGCAGGGCCAGGGCAGACCCAGGGGCCAAUCCCAGGCCAGACAGCCCACCUUAGUGAGGAGCAGAAGAGGAUGUUGCUGAUGAAGCAGAAAGUGUUGAACCAGAACAUGCCCUACAGCACCAUGCAGCCUCAUGGACAGGAACAAGGUGUGGUAGGAAUGUCACGACCUCCAGGCGCCAUCCCGCCUCCUCACCCUGCUGGGGGCGUGGCCUCAGGGGUGGGGCCCAAUCAGGGGUCAGGACCACCUCCAGGCUAUGUGGGCAACCAGCAGCAGGCAGCCAUGAUGAAACAGAUGAUGGCGAUGGAGCAGGAGAAGAGGAUGCAGAUGCAACUGAUGGAGCAACAGAAACAGCAGCUCUUCAGAGAGCAGAGACAGCAGCAGCAGCAGCAGCAACUACUGGCUGAGCAGCUCCAACAGCAGCAGCAUCUCCCCAGACAGAUGGGCCAAGGCCAAAGGAAUCCAUACCCCCAAGUCAAUCAGUACCAAGGUCCUCCUCAGGAUCUAGCAUCCAGAAGCCAGGCUCUCCAGAACAUUCGGGCCGCCCGUCUCCUACAACAGCAGCAGCAGAACCAGCAGCAGAUGGUCCAGAUGAGUUCUGUACAGGGCCAGGGGGGCUCCGUGGGACCCCAAACUGACAUGGGCUUACCCUAUGGCAACCAGGGGUCAAACCAAGGUUCCUUGUAUGGGCUCAAUCCCUCCAUGAGCCAAAUGAUCCACCAGCAGCAGCACCAGAGCCAAAGUGUGCAAGCCUCCAUGGGUCUUCCACCGCAGCACAACCCCGCUGGAGGGCCGCCCCGUCAGGCAGGUGCAGGUCCUGGGGUAGGGGGUAUGCCUGGAGGCCCAGGAGGUGGUGGAGCUGGAGGGUAUGGAGGACAGGGAAUGUUGAUGAACUCCAUGACCCAGCAACCCCUCAAAGGCCCUCCCAAUGCCAAAGCCCAAGCACAGAGACUGCAAAGCAUGCUGGGAGCAGGAGGGGGAGGCGGGGGAAUGACGGCAGGUGGCUGGCCGCAGCAGCAAGGACAAAGUCUGCAGGCCAUGGGAGGAGGAGUUGGAAGGACUACAGGAGGAGGGGGAGGAGACAUGGUGGGGUUCAGUUCCACCCAGGGUUAUGGGAUGCAGCCAGGUCAACCUCCGCGCAUGGCCAAGCAACACUUUCAGGGGCCGGGCCAGGGGUUGAGCCAGGGAAUGGACCCCAGAGUGGGCAACCCAGCGGCUGUUAUGGGUGGCCAAAUGAUGGGCCCUCACAUGGGUGGUCAGCCCAGGACCAACCAGCCCCGGCCCAUAGUCAUGAACCAGGGGAUGAACCAGGGGGUGAUGGCCCAGGGGAUGACUGGGAUGGGGGGGUUCGGGCCGGGCCCAGGGGGGCCUGGAAUAGGAGGAGGGGGAGGAGGGAGUGGACCCUAUGGACCAGGGGGUGUAGGUGUUGGAGGUCAGCCACCAGGCUACCAGAGGACAGCUAAUCAGGACAUGUCAUCCUAUGGAUAUGGGGGCGGGCCCUCAGGGGGAGGAGCCUUUGGAUUGGCCGAUGGCACAGGGGCGGAGCUGGACUCAAGCGAUGGUUGGAUGGAGGAGUUUUUCCCAAGCCAAUAGCCAAUGGGGAAACUGGAGAAGAGUUUUUACUGGAUGAACUAAAUGUUUAAGUAGGAUAUAUGUUAAAACCUGAGAAAGUAAAACAAACAGGAUGACAUGAAGUAGACUGGCAUGUUUUUGUUUUGUACAACAUGAGCAAGGUUAUAAAGUAGUUUUUGUGUUAUGUUAUGUUUUGUGUGUGUGUGUGUGUGUGUGUGUGUGUGUGCGCGCGUGUGCGUGUGUGUAUGAGAGAGAUGGAGAGAGCAAUCAUUAUGUCUCGUGCAUAUUAAUGAAAAACCAAUAUAGCGAUUAAGACUUGUGUUUCAUUAGUUUCCCUUUUUUUUCUCCAAGGAAUGAAUAUUUCUCAAGUUUCAGUGUUUGAAAGCGAGCCCCGUUUACACAGCGGUGCCUGAGCUUCAGAUGAAGGGGAAGGAAGACUUGUUCUCAAGACAGCAAUUUAUUUGUGUUUGUGUGUUCGUGCCACCCAGCUCAAUGCUUCAUAUCUCUCAACUAUGUGAGGAGCUGAAGGGAAUAAAAAGCACUCUCAGCGCUCCCAUUUCCUCUCUCAGAUUUCUGCCCCACACACACACGCACACAAAUCUGUCGCCUCCACGGUCUCUCUGUUCUCUUCACUUGAUCUCUCUCUCUCUCUCUCUUUCUCUCACCCCCCCCACCCCCCCGAGACUCAUUCCUCGCUCUCAACACUCCUUUCUCUGUUUAACUUGUGAACAUCACAACAGAACAAAUGAUGUUCCCCUAUUUUCCCACACAAGCGCACUCUGCCCUCUAGUGCUUUUGCUAGGCAACCGACCAUGGUGGCUUUUUUUUGUUUUGUUUUGGUUUUUUUGGAGGGGGGGGGUUCAUUUCCUGUGCGUGGCUGUGGAUGACGGGUGUGCAUGCAGGGGAAGACAAAGAGGGAGAAAACAGGCAGCUAAAGCAAGCACUUGGACUCAAAAGCUCAUGCACACACACACGUAUACAAACAAGCAUCAGCCUGGGAGGAUGAGCAUGUGUGUGAGAGGCAGCUAGCACAGCUAAUAUUACAUUAAACCGUCUGCCUGUGUGACACAAACCACACUGCAUUCAUCAGGCUAACACAAAGCAGAAUGAUCGCUGGGCACUGAAUGUAUCUGAGCACCACAAGUGACUUCUUUUUAGGGGAAAAAAAGCUCAUUGAAUGCCCACCCAACAUGUUUUGUUUGUUGCUGUGUUUUAUCUCUAACAAUGAUGCUGGUUGUGUUUUGUCAAUUAAAAGUAAAAAAAAACAAAAACAAAAAAACCAAAAACAAAGUUAGCCUUCUUUUAGUUUGUGUUGUCUUUUGAAAAUCUGUUUGUCCUCCCAUCACAGCACAGCCUUCCCUUCCAUUGUGACACAGCUGGUUGUCAAUCACCGUAGCCCUGCUUUACAUUGUGGCUUCUCUUGUACCGCAGCUAUAAAACACCCUUGCUCCAAACUAGAUCAUAACUGUGCUAUACUGUAACACUACUGUGAAGAAAUACCAGUUGUCCCCUUCCAGAGCUUUACAACGAAAAUGAACCACUGCUAAGCCUUGACUUUGUUUUAUAGACAGUUGAGAAACUUCAGACUGGACUUAAAGGGACAGUUCACCCCAAAAUCAAAAAUACAUAUUUUUUUCUCUUACCUGCAGUGCUGUUUAUCAGUCUAGAUAGUUUUGGUGUGAGCUGAUGAGUGUUGGAGAUAUCUCCAAACACUCGGCCUUUGGUGCUCAGAGUACCAAAAGAUACUCAAUUUCAUUUUUCCAGAAAUCAUCACGUGGUUACUCAAGAUAAUCCACAGACCUUGUUGUGAUCAGUUUCAUGUUGGAACUAUUUUCUUCAUACCGAAUUACACCCACCAACUGUAUCGCACCCAGAAGAAAGCAUGCCUACAGCUAGCUCACCUAACACCACUGAGCUAAUUGUGCGUCAGCUCUAUGACUAGUUGACUCUUCCUCUACUCAUAUGAACCCAGAAACAACAGCAACUUUUAACGAAGGUAACGUUUCAAAAUUUGGCUCCAUUAUAACUCACAAGGUUCACCAACAAAAGAACUGCCUUGUACUAAACAGUUUUCCCCCCAAAAUACAACAUGCUAACCUUAUUAGCGUGAGCCUAUCACAAUUUACAUUGCAUAAAUUUUUAAGUUUUUCUCUACUCUUAUGAAGCCAGGAUAAAUCACACACAGGACAUAAGCUGCCAAUUUUUUAUCUGUAAAAUAAAUGUAAAUAAAAGCAUAGUUUCCACAUGCAUACAAAAAAAAAAUAAAAAAUAGAAGUGCCCUGUUACAGUGACGUGAAUUUACAUUUCUGCAGUGAUGCACGUCAGGCUACAAUGUAGGCUACGUGUCUAUGCAGAGCCUAUGCUGUAGGCACGGCAUACUUUAAAGUUUCAGGUAUAACGUGUGUGUACAUAUAUAUAUAUAUAUAUAUAUAUAUAUAUAUAUAUAUAAAUCCUG